AUGAGUAAAGAUGGCAGAUUUCAAAUUGCAUACAUCCUGAGCGCCUGCCAGACAGCUAAACGGAUGCGACCUCCAGAGCUACAGAGCAGUUCUUGUGGGAAUCCAGGAGUUCCUGCCAAAGGAAUCCUGAAUGGAACAAGCUUCAAUGUUGGAGACAGAAUCCGGUAUCACUGUGUGGCUGGAUAUACCCUGGAUGGCCACGCACAGCUGACCUGUGUCACCAGCACGUCUAAUGUAGCGGUGUGGGAUUUUCCUAUUCCCAUCUGCAGAGCUGAGGACACAUGUGGCGGGACCUUCCGAGGCUCCAGUGGCACCAUCUCCAGUCCAGACUUUCAGAAGGACUAUCAGAGCAGUGGCGAGUGCACGUGGACCAUCCUGGCUGAUCCAGGAGACACCAUCUCACUGGUCUUCACUGAAUUCCAGAUGGACAGCAAACUCGACUCUUUAGAAGUUGAGGGAUCUGAUCCACCAACAAUAUGGUUAUCAGGAAUUAAUAUUCCUGUGCCUAUAGUCAGCAAUAAGAACUGGCUACGACUUCAUUUCGUCACAGACAACAGCCAUCGGCAUAAAGGAUUCAGUGCUCAAUAUCAAGUGAAACGAUCGGGAGAUUUUAAAUCAAGAGGAGUGAAAUUAUUACCUGGAAAAGACAACACAAGUAAAUUUUCAAUAAUGAAUGAAGGGAUGGUCAAGCAGGUCUCCAACUUCUGCCCGGACCCCGGGGAACCGGAGAACGGCAAACGCAUUGGCACCGAUUACAGCAUCAGUGCAACGGUUCAUUUCACCUGCGACGAGGACCACGUGCUUCAGGGAUCCAAGAGCAUCACGUGUCAGAGGGUCGCCGAGGUGUUCGCGGCCUGGAGUGACCACAGACCCAUCUGUAAAGCAUAUGGAGAAAUCCCUCCGGUCAAGGUUAUUCAAAUCAAUUUCGAAGAGUUCGACCUGGAGCUGGGAUACGAUACGUUGACUGUCGGAGACGGUGGAGAGGUUGGCGACUCGAAAGCAAUCAUACAAGUGUUAACGGGCAGUUUCGUCCCUGACCUCAUCGUCAGUAUGACCCAUCAAAUGUGGCUGCAUUUGCAGUCUGAUGAAAGUGUGGGCUCUAUUGGCUUUAAGAUCAACUAUAAAGAAAUUGACAAGGAAAGUUGCGGGGAUCCCGGCAUCCCUCUGUACGGACUCCGAGAGGGCGGGGUCUUCUCCAACGGAGACGUGCUGCGCUUUGAAUGCCAGUUCGGAUUCGAGCUCAUUGGCGAACGAAUGAUUUCCUGUCAGAAUAACAAUCAGUGGUCUGCUAACAUCCCUAUCUGUAUAUUUCCCUGUAUGUCCAACUUCACGGUGGCCAUGGGCACCGUCCUGUCUCCGGACUAUCCCGAGGGUUACGGCAACAACCUCAACUGUGUCUGGCUGAUCAUUGCAGAACCAGGCAGCCGCAUCCAUCUGGCCUUCAACGACUUCGACCUGGAGCCUCCCUAUGACUUCCUGACGGUGAGGGACGGGGAGUUGGUGGACGCUGUGGUGUUGGGACGCUUCUCUGGGGCGGAAGUGCCUUCGCACCUCACCAGCAACUCCAACAUCCUCCAGCUGGAGUUCCAGGCCGACCACUCGAUGUCCGGCCGAGGAUUUAACAUCACGUACAGCACGUUUGGACACAAUGAGUGCCCGGAUCCCGGAGUGCCUAUGAAUGCCAAGCGCUUUGGUAAUAAUUUCCAGCUGGGAAGCUCCAUAUCAGUGGUGUGUGAGGAUGGCUUCAUAAAGACGCAAGGCUCGGAUACUAUUGUGUGUGAAUUGGAGGCGGGAAAGGUGAUGUGGAGUGGUUUGAUCCCCAAAUGUGAAGCGCCCUGCGGAGGACAUUUCACCGCUCCGGUGGGAGUCAUUCUGUCCCCGGGGUGGCCCGGCUACUACAAAGAUUCCCUGAGCUGUGAGUGGGUCAUCGAGGCUGAGGUGGGACGCUCCAUCAAGAUAAGCUUUGACAGGUUCCAGACAGAACUCAAUUAUGACUUUCUAGAGGUUCACGAUGGGCCUAAUCUCCUCUCGCCCCUAAUCGCCUCUCUAAAUGGCACCCAAGUCCCUCAGUUCCUGUUCAGCAGCGGCAACUUCCUGUAUCUUCUCUUCACCACCGAUAACAGUCGCUCUAACAGUGGCUUUAAGCUCUUUUAUGAAAGCGUCACUUUGGACACUCACUCAUGUUUGGACCCCGGCGUGCCCGUAAAUGGGAUACGUUACGGGCAGGACUUGGCCAUCGGCUCGGUGGUGUGGUUUGGCUGCGAGCCUGGAUACAGACUGAGCCACGAGGAGCAGUUGGUCUGUGAGAAGAACCACUGGUGGAGCCACCCUCUGCCUACAUGUGACGCUCUGUGCGGAGGCGAUGUCCGAGGCCCAGAGGGCAUCAUCCUUUCUCCUGGCUUUCCAGAGCUCUAUCCCAACUCAUUAAACUGCACGUGGACUCUGGAGGUCAGCCAUGGCAAAGGUGUGCAGUUCACGUUUCAUGCGUUUCACCUGGAGGAUCACCAUGACUACCUGCUCCUGACGGAGAACGGCAGUUUUACGCGGCCCCUCGCCCGGCUCACCGGUUCGCAACGACCCCCGCCAGUCAACGCCGGGCUGUACGGCAACUUCAAGGCUCAACUUCGCUUAAUCUCAGACUUUUCCAUCUCCUUCCAGGGCUUCAACAUCUCUUUCUCAGAAUAUGAUUUGGAGCCAUGUGAGGACCCAGGUGUGCCCCAGUUUGGCAGGCACAGCGGUGGCAGAUUUGGCAUCGGCGACACCCUGACGUUCUCCUGUGACCUUGGUUACCGUCUGCAGGGCGCUCGAGAAAUCACUUGCCUGGGCGGUGGGCGGCGCAUAUGGAGUGCACCUCUGCCAAGGUGUGUGGCUGAGUGCGGCUCAACCGUUUCCAAGAACGCCGGUGUCCUGUUGUCCCCAAACUACCCCCGCAAUUACGAGAACAACCACGAGUGCAUCUACAACAUUCAAGUACAAGCAGGAAAAGGAAUCAACAUCUCAGCUAGCACCUUUAAUCUGGCUCAAGGCGAUGUUCUCAAAAUGUAUGAUGGUCCAGACAACACUGCAGAAGUUCUGGGAGGUUUCUCGGGUUCUUCUUUGUUGGGUCAGUCAUUGACCAGCACGUCAAAUCACCUGUGGCUGGAGUUUUAUUCUGAUCAAGAGGAUACCGCCGAGGGUUUUAAACUGGUUUACAACAGUUUUGAACUUUCCCAUUGUGACGAACCCGGUGUGCCUCAAUUUGGAUCCAAAGUCAGCGACCAAGGCCACUUUGCUGGCAGCGUGGUCACGUAUCGCUGUGAUCCUGGCUACAGUCUCCAUGGCAGCAGCAUAUUGAGAUGUAUGACGGGCGAGAGACGGACGUGGGACCACCCGCUCCCCUCAUGCAUAGCGGAGUGUGGGGGAAGUUUUAAAGGUGAGUCAUCCGGACGGAUACUGUCUCCCGGAUACCCGUUUCCGUAUGACAACAACCUCCGUUGCACGUGGACCUUCGAGGUGGACUCCGGCAACACUGUCAGUCUGCAGUUCUUGGCUUUUGACACGGAGGCAUCGCAUGAUAUCCUGAAGGUUUGGGACGGGCGUCCGGAAAACGAGAUGGCUCUGAAGGAAGUGAGUGGUUCGCUGUUACCCGACGGCAUCCACAGCACUCUCAACGUGGUCACCAUCCAGUUCGAGACGGACUUUUACAUUAGCAAAUCUGGAUUCGCCAUUGACUUCUCAAGUUCAGUGGCAACCGCCUGCAGGGACCCGGGGACGCCCAUGAACGGCAGCCGCAGCGGAGAGGGCAAAGAGCCCGGCGACACGGUGACCUUCGCGUGUGAUCCGGGCUACGACCUGCAAGGAGAGCCCAGGAUCACCUGCAUUCAGGUGGACAACAGAUUCUUCUGGCAGCCCAGCCCUCCUACAUGUAUCGCUCCUUGUGGUGGAAACAUUACAGGCUCAUCUGGAUUCAUUCUUUCACCGAAUUUCCCCCAUCCGUACCCGCACAGCAAGGACUGCGAUUGGUUCAUCACGGUUCACCCUGAUUAUGUAAUUUCCUUGGCAUUUAUCAGCUGUGAGACCAGCUCACGGUGUGAAGAGAGGCUGGAUUAUGCGCUGUGGCUUACUUGUGCCUCUGGAGACGGCGGGGACACGGUGUACAUGUGCAUGUGUGCAGAGUCUCCAUGUGGAAGCCGGUUGACGGGUUCAGAGGGCACUAUUUUGUCCCCAAACUACCCUCGCAACUACACCGCGGGCCAGUCCUGUGUGUAUGAGAUCUCAGUGCCAGGAGAGUUUGUUCUCUUCGGCCAGUUUAUGUUCUUCCAGACGACCCCUAGUGAUGUGCUGGAGAUCUUUGACGGGCCCUCGACGGAGUCUGCUCUCCUCACCUCUGCGCACCGCUCUCACUCAGGAGAGCCAUUGCCGCUGAGCUCUGCCAAUGAAAUCACCAUCAGGUUCAAAACCGAGGGACCAAACACAGCUAAAGGGUUUCAUUUUGUGUAUCAAGCUGUUCCGAGGACCAGUGCUUCCCAGUGCAGCUCCGUGCCCGAGCCUCGCUACGGGAAGCGCAUUGGGAAUGACUUUGGAUUGGGCACGGUGGUGCUUUUCGAGUGUAACCCAGGUUACACUCUUCAUGGUGCCAGUGCCAUCAGAUGUGAGGCAGUGCCCAACACACUGGCCCAAUGGAACGGCACUGUGCCAACAUGUGUCGUUCCAUGCGGAGGAGUUCUGACCAUGCGCCGCGGGACCAUUCUGUCUCCAGGUUACCCCGAUCCCUAUGACAACCAUCUGAACUGCGUUUGGAAGGUCUUUGUGCCGGAGGGAACCGGAAUCCAAAUUACAGUUGUGACUUUUUCCACCGAACACAACUGGGACUCUCUAGACUUUUACGAUGGUGUCGACAGCAAUGCUCCAAGACUAGGGAGCUAUUCGGGGACCACGAUUCCACCCCUGCUGAACACCACGUCCAACACCCUGUUCCUCACCUUUCAGACUGACAUGAGCGUUUUUGGAGCUGGUUUUCACCUGGAAUAUACAGCAAUAGGUUUGGACUCCUGCCCAGAACCUCAAACCCCCAGCAACGGCGUGAAAGUGGGCGACCGCUACUUCGUGGGUGAUGUUGUCUCGUUCCACUGUGAACAAGGAUACACUCUAAAGGGAAGUGCAUAUAUAACCUGCAUGCCGGGGCCUGUCAGAAGAUGGAACUACCCAGCGCCCCUCUGUCUGGCCGAGUGCGGGGGAUUCCUGUCGGACCUGAAUGGAGUCAUCCUAAGUCCCGGCUUUCCUGGAAAUUACCCCAGUGGACUUGACUGCAACUGGACAGUUAAACUUCCUGUUGGAUUUGGGAUUCACCUACAAUUCCUCAACUUCUCCACGGAAGCUGUGCACGACUACCUUGAAGUCCGUAGCGGGACGCUGGGCUCGGUGAUCGAUAGGUUCAGUGGGCCCGUUGUUCCAGAAUCUUUCUUCAGCACGACCCACGAGACCAGCUUCUUCUUUCACAGCGACUACUCGCAGAACAAACUCGGUUUCCACAUCACCUACGAGGCAUAUGAACUGCAGAGGUGUCCGGAUCCGCGGCCCUUUCGGAAUGGUGUGGUGAUUGGCAGUGAUUUUGGAGUGGGCAUGACCAUCUCGUUCCAGUGUCUGCCGGGAUACACGCUGCUGGGCGAAGCGUCGCUCACGUGUCUGCAUGGCAUCAGCCGCAACUGGAACCAUCCUGUUCCUCGCUGUGAAGCACUUUGCGGUGGUAAUAUCACGGCCCUCAAUGGGACCAUCUACUCUCCGGGCCACCCGGCUGACUACCCCAAUCUUAAAGACUGCAUAUGGAGCAUCCGAGUACCUCCAGGCAACGGCAUCCACAUCAACUUCACCGUCCUCAACACCGAGCCCAUCUACGACUACAUCACCAUCUGGGACGGCCCUGACCAAACAUCCCCACAGAUCGGUCAAUUCAGCGGCAGCUCGCCUCAGGAGGCCGUUUCCAGCACGUCCAAUCACAUCCUGCUCAAGUUCCACAGCGACUUCAGCACCAGCGGAUUCUUUCUUCUGCGUUACCAUGCUUACCAACUUCGUGUCUGUCAACCUCCCCCACGUGUCGCCAACGCAGAGAUCCUGGCUGAAGAUGAUGAAUUUGAAAUUGGAGACAUCAUCAGGUACCGCUGCCUGCCGGGCUUCACGCUGCUCGGGAGCGAGAUCUUGACCUGUAGGCUGGGUGAGCGACUGCAGAUGGAUGGUCCUCCUCCAGUCUGCCAAGUGCAAUGUCCUGACAAUGAAGUUCUGUUCGACUCGACGGGCGUAAUCCUGAGUCCAGGUUAUCCUGACAGCUACCCCAACCUUCAGAUGUGCUCCUGGAUGAUCAACGUGGAGAAGGGCUACAACAUCACACUGCACUUUGAACUCUUCCAGACGGAGAAAGAGUUUGAUAUUCUGGAGAUCUUUGAUGGACCAAAUAUUUACAGUCAGAGCCUGGCUGUGUUGAGCGGAGAUCUAAGUGUGCCCUUCAACAUGACCACCACGGGUCACCAACUGUUUCUCCGCUGGUCGUCUGAUCACGGCACCAACAAAAAGGGCUUUCGUAUCACUUACGUGGCGAUGUACUGCAGCACCCCAGACUCUCCGCAGCAUGGUUUUGUGGUCAGCCAGACGGGCGGCCACGUCAACAGCGUCGUCCGCUGGGCCUGUGACCGCGGCUACAGGCUCAUCGGGAAAAAUAUGGCCGUCUGCAGGAGAACUGAGUUCGGUUAUCUGGCCUGGGACUCAUCUGUGCCCGCAUGUCAAGCUGUGUCCUGUGGGCCGCCCGUGGCCCCUGUGAACGGAGGCAUGCUGGCCGCUGAUUAUUCAGCAGGAACACGAGCCACCUACUUCUGCAACGAUGGCUUCCGUCUGUCCUCUAAAGAGGUGGCCAGCACCGUGUGUCAGGCUGACGGCACGUGGAGCAACCACAAUAAAAUCCCACGCUGCACCGUUGUGGUGUGUCCCAGCAUCGGCUCCUUCACCCUGGAUCACGGCAAAUGGAGGAUCGUCAAUGGCUCUCGUUACGAAUACGGCACUAAAGUGGCCUUUACUUGCAACACUGGCUAUUACCGGCUCGGCCCCGCCCACAUUCACUGUACGUCCAAUGGGACGUGGAGCUGGAGGAACGAGCGACCUCGCUGCAAGAUCAUUUCGUGUGGAGAGCUGCCCACACCUCCUAAUGGAAAGAAAAUUGGAACGCAGACAACCUUUGGAGCAUCCGCUAUUUUUACCUGCAACUCGGGCUACAUUCUGGUGGGCUCGACUGUACGGGAAUGUCUGGCAUCGGGUCUCUGGAGCGGGACGGAGACACACUGUCUCGCUGGCCACUGCGGUGCUCCGGAAAGCAUCGUGAACGGUCAGGCGAUCGGUGAAAACUUCGGCUACAGGGAUACAGUAGUUUACCAGUGCAAUCCGGGUUUCCGGCUCAUCGGUUCCUCUGUGCGCAUCUGUCAGCAGGAUCACAACUGGUCCGGGCUGCUGCCAUCCUGCGUGUCCGUUAGCUGCGGUCAUCCGGGCAGCCCUAUCUACGGCCGCACUGUUGGCGACGGCUUCAACCUGAACGACGUGGUGACCUUCUUCUGUAAUAACGGCUACAUUCUGGAAGGCCCGUCUCAAGCGCAGUGCCAGGCGGACCGCCAAUGGAGCCAGCAGCCGCCCACAUGCCGAGAGGUGGACUGUGGUCACCCUGGAUCUCCUCCUCAUGCGGUGGUGAUGGGGGAUAAAUUCACCUUCGGCUCUACGGUUCACUACAGGUGUUUGGAAGACCGAGCUUUGAUUGGUGAAUCCACCCGCACCUGCCAGCUGAACGGCCAAUGGAGCGGCUCCCAGCCUCACUGCUCAGGUGAUAAAAGGGGCGCCUGCGGGGAUCCGGGCACGCCGGCCCAUGCCACCCGAGAGGAGGGCAGCUUUCAGCAGCACGCCAAAGUGCGCUUCACUUGCGCCACGGGUCACACGCUCUACGGCUCGGCAGAACGGAUCUGCUUCCCCAACGGCACUUGGUCGGGCCGUCAGCCCACCUGCAAACCUGUUCAGUGCGGGAAUCCUGGGACUCCGGCUAAUGGGCGCAUUUUGCGUGUUCAUGGCACCACCUUCUCUCACUCCAUCGUCUACUCGUGUGUGGAUGGAUACCGGCUCUCGGGUUCUCCCUCCCGUCAGUGCCUGGCGAACGGUACCUGGUCUGGCAGCGAGCCCAACUGCACCCUGAUCAGCUGUGGGGAUCCGGGCGUAGCUGCCAGCGGCCUGAGGAUCGGCGAGGACUUCACCAUCGGCCGGAACGUGACUUAUUCCUGCCAGCCCGGCUACCUGAUGGAGAACGGGAGCUUCGUUAUCCGCACCUGCACCCACAAUGGCACCUGGAGUGGAACGUUUCCCACCUGCCAAGCGGUGACCUGCGCUCCUCCGCCCGGCGUGUCUAACGGUGAGGUGGAGGGCUCUGUGUUCGAGUGGGGCACCAGCGUGAGCUACCGCUGCCUGAUGGGAUACGAACUGUCCUUCCCUGCCGUCCUCACGUGUGUCGGCAACGGCUCCUGGAGCGGAGAGGUUCCUCUGUGCCUGCAACCGACUCGGACGACGUGCGAAAAUCCUGGCACUCCGGAGUACGGCUCUCUGAACAGCAGUCUGGGCUUUAAGGUAAGAAAGAAACCGACUCGGACGACGUGCGAAAAUCCUGGCACUCCGGAGUACGGCUCUCUGAACAGCAGUCUGGGCUUUAAGGUGGGCAGCACAGUGAAGUUCCACUGUCAGACGGGUCACUUGUUACUGGGCUCCACCACACGGACGUGCCAGCAAGAUUUGACCUGGAGUGGCACUCAACCAGAAUGCAUCCGUGUUUACAAGAGUCGAGCCGCUCGUCUGACGCUGCGGCUGUAUCACAUGAGAGCUCUGGUGAAGAGCACCUACAGCAAGAUCACUGAGGAGACCUUGAUCAUGGACGGCUUUGUCUCUGCUGACCAUGAAGGAAACACAUACUUGUUUCAAGGCUUUAUACAAGGUAGAAACUACGGCCCAUUUGGACUACAGAGGCAAGGUCUGAACAUAAUAGAGCCCACCAGGAGCCCCGAGGGUCCACCCAGAACCAACAGCAGCUCUGUGGCCGUUGCCAUUCUUGUGCCUUUCUUUGCCCUGAUUUUUGCAGGCUUUGGGUUUUAUCUCUAUAAACAGAGGAAGUCUGAUAAAGCAGAGUACAGCAGCUGCUCUGUGCAUGAAAACAACAACGGUCAGGCUACAUUCGAGAAUCCCAUGUACAACACCAAUUCCAAAUCCAUCGAGGGAAAGGUCGUCCGCUUCGAUCCCAAUCUCAAUACGGUUUGCACAAUGGUUUGA